AUGGCCAUGAAAGUUGCUUUAAUUACCGGAGGAGCGAGUGGAAUGGGCCUUGCUGUUACCCAGGAACUAUCAUCUCGUGGCGACUGGACUGUUAACAUUCUCGAUAUCAAUGAGACUCGCGGGGCCGAAGUAGCCCAAGAGCUGCCUCGAGUGAUAUUUCACAAAGCCGAUGUGACGAAAUAUGGCGAUCUAUGUGAAGCAUUUCAGAAAUCUUUCAUUGAGGGUGGUAAAUCCAUUGAUUUUGUGUUUGCCAACGCUGGAGUGAUUGAACGGACCAACUUCUAUGCCCCGCAUCCUGUCUCCGAAGAUGCUAUACCACCACCAGAGCCAGACCUUCUCCCAGUCGAUGCAGACCUGAAAGGGGUCGUAUUGACUGCCUGGUUAGCACAGCACUACUUCCGUUUGUCUCCUCACAAGGGAAAUGGCGCAAACAUAGUGAUGACUGCAAGCUGUGGUGGACUAUACCCAUCAUUUUACUCUCCUCUUUACUCGGCAGCUAAAUUUGGAGUUGUUGGAUUUAUGCGAUCAAUAGCCAAUUCAUUCCGGUCUGAGGGAAUGCGUGUCAAUGCCAUUUGUCCUGGUAUUGUACGCACUAACCUUGUCGACCAGAAAGGAUGGGACAGCUUCCCCCAGCACCGUUUUAUCGAAGCAGAUAGAAUAGCCCAAAUUGUUCUCCAGCUUGUCGACGGUGGCAAACCAGCGGGUGAGGGCCUGACUGAUAACCAGGGCAAAUUCCUCGCGACUUCUAAGCUCUAUGGUCUCGCGGUAGAGAUCUCGGAUACAGGUAUUUACUUCAGAGACCACCAUGAGUUUUGCGAUGAGGGAAUGCGGGAAGUCAUGGGUGCUACGGUCAUUGCUAAUCAGGUUGAUGGUGUGCUGAAUGCCAAUUAG